AUGCCAUUCAUCGAACAACCAUACGGUAGCUUUGGUAUUUGCGCUGACAGUUUCUGUCCUGUCGAUUAUGCCGAACAAUUCGUAAAAACCGAAUAUUAUCAAACCCCAAAACAGUUGCAACCUCAACAACCACCGCAGCAACCUCAAGAACAAUUUUCUAUGUUGCCGAUUUCAGGUUCCACUUCCCCUCAACAACCUGUACCAAAUGUGGUUUUCUCACAAAAUUCACAAAUUCCUCAAUUUGAUAAUAAUGACCAAAAUGUUAAAUUCGAACCUGUUUCCUCGAUACCAAUCAAGUCGGAAUUUGGAUUUCUCGAUAUGGAUUCUGUUUCUAGUGCUGGAUCUUCACCUAAUCUUGUAGCUUCAAAUGAUUUUGAAAACCAAUUCAAUUAUAAUUAUCCACCACCUCUUUGUGAAGAAACUCCAAGUGAAGCUACAUCACCAACAACCGAUAUUCAUUUUCCUUUAAAUGAUCAAAUUGCUCAAUAUUAUGAGAUUUGUAGUCGUUCACCAAUUGAUCAUCAAAAUUCUCAACCUUCAUUUGAUCAAAUGCGUUUUAUCAUUUAUGAACCUCGUCAAAAUGAUAGUACAUCACUCGUUCCAAAUAUUAAUUCACAAAAUACUUAUGGAAUGUGGCCAGUAUCUAUUCAAAAUGGUAAUAUUGAUAAUAGAACUAUUUCCACUAAUCCUCAACCAAUGCAACCGAUUUCUUUUGAUUAUCAGUCGAAUCCAGUUUUAGUAAAUCCGGCACAAAUAAAUCCACUUCCUUCAGCUUCAUCUUCACCACAACAACAACCUGCUCAACAACCUCAAUCGGUACAAAAUCAACAACAACUUAUUAAAUGUCCACAUGAAGAAUGUACAAAAACUUUUAGUAGGUUGUAUAAUCUUAAGGCACAUCUUCGUUCUCAUUCACCUGCUCGUCCGUAUCAAUGUCCAAUGUGCCCAAGAUCUUUUUCAAGAAAACAUGAUUUACAAAGACAUAUUCGUGUACAUACUGGAGUUAAACCUUAUCAAUGCCCUUGUUGUUGUAAAGCUUUCGCUCGUACUGAUGCUCUUCGUCGUCAUUUUAAAAUGGAAGAGAAUUGUAGAAAAUCUCCUGAAUGCUAG